UAUUUAAAGCUGAUGUUCAGUCAUCUUGUCCAGAGAAUCCAGACUCUCUGAUUGGCUGAGCUGAUUCCAAAACCCAAAUAAAAUCACAAUUAUUAUAAAGAAAUUAUUGAUAUAGACUUUAGACUGAAACAGCGCUACGAUGGAUGGAUGGAUGGAUGUAAAUGACAACAUGAACGACAAAGCAAUAAAAACAAUUGGAAAUCUGAUUAACUGCAGAUGAGGCGUCCGAGCUCUUAUUUUGAAGGUCUCUUCCGGAAGCAGUCUGCCGUGCUGCGUCCCUCUUCMUCUUCUUCUUCUUCUCCGCCUCUCGAACCAGAACUGCUAACAUGGACGGAACCUGGCUGGCAUCGACCUGACCAUGAUCCUCCCUCCUCUCACCUGCGGGUCGAACCAGCUGUUACAUCCAGUGAAGGCCAUUCAGGAGGCAUGACGGAUGAGAAAUGUCCCCAGCUGGUGGACUACUUCGUGGUGGCGGGCCUGGACCCCGCCGGGCCCUGGAGGUCCCUGGACGAAGACGGCCGGGCCUCCUCCUCCUCUUCGUCCUCCUCUUCAUCACCGGCGGCGGCGGCGGUCCGGGCGGCGGAGCCGGUGACGGACCUGGCGGUGAUCGCUCGCGGUCUGGGGGAGGAAGUGCCAGAAGGGUUCACCUGCAUAGAGAAGACCCUGGGGGGCCACUCGGCCGAGCUGAGCGCCGGGCUCAUCAACAACCCACACCUGUACCUGUGCUACCGCCGGGGGCGGGACAAGCCACCGGUCCUGGACCUGGGGGUUCUGUAUGAGGGGAAGGAGCAGCCGAAGCAGGGCUGGUACGUCAUCGAGACCACGCCCUACAGCCGCUCGGCCAGCCUGAGCUCCGGCGGCGCCCCCACAGCCCACCGGGUCUUCCUCAUGUACCGCCGGGCCCUGGACUCGCAGGGCCUGCACACGCUGGGCGUCACCGACAUCGCCCUGCUGGUGCCCGGCAAGGGGGAGGUGGCGCCGCACACAUUCUGUCGGGUCGACAAGAACCUCAACACGGGCAUGUGGGGUCCAGCUCUGCACGUCUGCUACAAGAGAGCCGUGGCCAAAGCCAACGCCCUGGUGUUCGAAGCCAGUCUGAUCAGCCGGUACCCAGAGGAGGACCUGGAGGCGUUCCCUCUUCCCGAGUCAGUGCCGGUCUUCUGUCUGCCGAUGGGCGUCUCCGUGGAGAGCUGGCCGCUGAACUCCAAGUACCAGCUGCCCGUCUUUUCCACCUUUGUCCUCACGUCCGCCUCCGGAGACAAGGUCUACGGCGCUGCCAUCCAGUUCUACGAGUCGUUCUCCAGGGAUCUCCUGUCUGAGCGGCAGAACGUCCGGCUCGGCCUGCUCAGCGUGGUGGACCGCCGGCCCAUCACCAGCCGCAGUCUGCACGCCAAGAAGAGCAUCUGCGUCCUGUCCCACUGGCCCUUCUUCACCGUCUUCCAGAAGUUCCUCACCUUCAUCUACAGAUACUCCAUCUCCGGGCCGCACGUCCUGCCGCUCGAGAAACACAUCUCCAGCUUCAUGCACAACGUUCCGUUCCCUUCCCCUCAGCGUCCGCGGAUCCUCGUUCAGCUCUCGCCGUACGACAACCUGCUGCUCUGCCAGCCGGUCUCCUCCCCACUCCCACUCAGCGGGGCGAGCUUCCUGAAGCUGCUCCAGAACCUGGGUCCAGAGAACUCCUGCACGCUGCUGCUUGCCGUCCUCACCGAACACAAGCUGCUGCUGCACUCGCUGCGACCCGACGUCCUGACCUCCGUCAGCGAGGCCCUGGUCUCUAUGACCUUCCCGCUGCGCUGGCUCUGCCCCUACAUCCCUCUGUGCCCGCUGCAGAUGGCCGACGUGCUGCUGGCGCCCAUGCCUUUCAUCGUCGGCGUUCACUCCAGCUACUUUGACCUCUACGACCCCCCGCCGGAGGUCAUCUGCGUCGACCUGGACACAAACACCAUCUUCCAGUCAGAGGAUAAGAAGCCGUUGUCAUGGCGAUCGCUACCCAGGAAGCACGGAAAGACGCUGUUCAGCACACUGACCAACCUGCACCGGACCCUGGAGAAGAUUUGCAGCCCCGGCCAGGAGGAGGCGACGCUGGAGUUCCUGCUCACCGACUACGACCAGAUCUACCGGCGGCAGAAGCAGCUGGAGCUGGAGAUCCAGGAGGCCUUCCUGCGCUUCAUGAGCUGCCUGCUGCGGGGCUACCGCGCCUUCCUGCUGCCCAUCACGCAGGCGCCGUCCGACACCACCACCGACUGCAGCUCCCUGUUCAACCUGCAGGGCUUCCUGAAGUCUCGGGACCGGAGCCAGCAGAAGCUGUACGCCCAGCUGAGCCGGACCCAGAUGUUCACCCAGUUCAUCGAGGAAUGCUCCUUCGUCAGCGACCGCCACGCCUGCCUCGAGUUCUUUGACGAGUGCGUCCAGAAGGUGGACGUGGAGAAGCCGGAGGAGGUGCGGCUGAUCGACCUGGACGAGAGCGGCGGCGGCGAACACACCGUCUUCAUCAUGCCGCCCGAGGAGCCGCAGGAGGCCGACGGCGCCGAGUGCCCCGCCCGCUACAGCUACGAGACGUUCCCCAGCCUGACGGCGGAGCUGUUGGACCGACCGCAGGACCCGCUGCGCGCCCCGGCCAGAGGCAGCGCCCCCAGCAGCCCCGCCCCCCGCCGCACCAAGCAGGUAGCCGGCCCGGUUCUGACCCGGUUCUGGUCCAACAGGGUCCAAACUGCCCUGAUGGAGAGAUGUUUGGGGACUUUCCAUUGACUUCCAUUCAUUGCUGCAGCCUAACUAACCAACCGAAACUCAAUUCACACCGUAGUCCUAAAUCUGACCCCUGACCCAAAACCAGCGUUUCCCCUUAUGGGGCCCAGGCUUCGGUCCCACAGCGUAGCAUGUGUCAGGAAAAUGGUCCCCACAAGGUAUUACAGACACACACCAUAAAGCUUCAGGCUGACGGCUGUUUUCCCUCCUCAGGCUGUGCUGGAGUGUAAGUGGCCCUCGACCAAUCAGGGCGGCCGUCUCCGCUGGGCCAAGCUACGGAACGUUCUAUUGGCCGUGGCUCAGUUCAGGCAGCCAAUCAAACAGCGGCGGAAGAGUGGUUCUGUGGGCUCCAGAGGAGCCAUGAUGGAGCCCGAUCAGAAGCCCCGCCCACAGUCCGCUCUGAUUCGUCAGUCUAGCUGGAGCGGCCUGAGCGAAAGCUCGAGUCACGAGUCUCUGACCGGGUCGCUGGUGAAGAGCUCCAGCCUCAGCAGCAUGAAGACGCCCACAGUCAGCGGGCUCACAGUCUGUAAGAAGUCCCCCGUCCUCCACGGUUCAGGGACAAACGGGGACACGGUCCACCGGAAGCCCCCGCUGGGACGGAGAGAAGCCUCCGCUCCGCCUGCAGCGCCUCCUGGGGGAGUGGUGGUGCGACGCAGUGAGGUCUGCCUUUCCACCUUCUACACCGAGUCGGAGCUGGACUGCAGCUGUGAACCGGAGGAGAGGCUCAGCAGGUCCAACAGAUCCGGGAGCUCCGGCGGAAAGAACAAGGCCAGGACCGUAGAUGAGAACUCCAACCACGUGUCGUCCCCGAGCCGCGGAGGCCUGGCAGGGAAACUGCAGCAGCUCCUCACCCCGACCAAACACCGAGCAUCGGUCCGGCGCGCCGCCAGCGUGGAAAACCGCCGGUCCGGCGGAGGGAUCGGUCGGAAAGUGUCCGAUCAGAGGCAGUCCAGGAAGUCCCAGGUGGCUGAAACGCUGCUGAAGGCAAAGGAGCGGCUGGUGAACGCCACGUCAGAGAGCUCGCUGUCAGUGGGAAGUGACCUGGACCUGGCGGACACGCCCACCGCGGCGUAUCCUCUGCGCAGGUCGUGGGACGCCAACCAGGAGGGGGCGGGAAUCGAGGUUCUGAUGUCCAGCUGCUCGUUGUGCCGCAGCUGCAACUCUCUGGUGUACGACGAGGAGAUCAUGGCGGGCUGGACCUCGGACGACUCCAACCUGAACUCGUCCUGCCCGUUCUGCGCCGCCUCCUUUGUCCCGUUCCUGAAUGCAGAAAUCUGCGACCCGGGGCCUGUCAGCAGCGCGGAGCGUUGCACCAUGAACAUGGAGGAUGAGGUGGAGAGCGCCGUGAGGCCCCCUAGUGGUCACGAGGCGUCCCUGCGGCCCCAGUGCAACGGGCUGAGCGACGACUCCAGCUCUGAAACCAGCACCUACUCCGAGACCAGCAAGGCCACCACGGUGUCGUCGGUGGGAGGGACUCCUCAGGUGACGGUGGCCUACCUGAGCCCUCUGGUUCUGAGGAAGGAGCUGGAGAGCCUGCUGGAGAACGAGGGCGAGUCGGUUCUGGCCCAGCCUCAGUUUCUGGACAGCCACUCCAUCAUCUUCUGGAACCUGGUCUGGUACUUCCAGCGGCUCGGCCUGCCCAGCAACCUGCUGCAGCUGGUCCGGAGGUCGCCGCUGGUCAGCCACUUCACUCAGUCGGAGAACUCUGCUGUGAGGGUCCGGCUCCUCUGGGACACGCUGAGCCCCGACACCGACCAGUGGCCGCCGCUCUACGUCCUCUGGAGGAUCCACAGUGGCGCCCCGAUGAGGAGCUACAGCUGGAGGCGGCACAACCACCCGUUCACCCUGUCCUUCCUGGAGGAGGUUCUGCGCUGGGUGGGCAUGAACGAGGUGCACAAGGCCAUCACGCUCUUCCUGGACACCCUGGAGAAGCAGCCCGGGUCGCCUCAGACCCAGAGGAGUCUCUACCGAGAAAUGCUGUUCCUGACGCUGGCAGCGAUGGGAAAAGACCACGUCGCUGCAUUCGAUAAGAAGUACAAGACGGCGUUCCUGCGCCUCAGCAGCUCCCUGGGCCGGGACGAGCUCCGCAGGAAGCGGGCCCAGCCUCCCAGCACCAAAGCCGUCGACUGCAGACGGAGCUUCCACCCGCCGCUGGAGUGCUGAGGGGUUCCGGACCGGACCGGACCGGACCGGACCACCCAACCAACACCCGCUUCGCCCCUCUGCUGCCCCCUGGUGGAUGGCACAGCAUCCUACUUCCUACCAGCCUCUGGAUCCUGAAGCAACCGGAUCAGACCGGACCGGCGUGACCGGAUCGGACCCGGCUGCAGAUCUGCUCUGUAGUCAGAGGAAGGCGCAUCAGCGGGAACCCAGAUCCGAACCGGAGAUUCCCCUGGGAAUCCGCUUCCUGAACUGGAACGUUGUGGAAGAGACAUUUAUUGUUGAAACUGUGAAAAACGGAUCUGACCCGUUUUAACUCCUCAGAACCGGUUCUAUUGAUCAGAAACUCAGUGAUGCAUCCAGGCUUCUGCUUCCCAACCAGUUGGGAUUCGCUCCAAAGUCCCGUUCAGGCCCGGAUGGGUCUGGAUGGAUCAGAACCAUCUGGGACGAGAGGCAGAACGAUUCAGAAGUGAAAUUAAAGAAAAUGUAAAAUAUCA